AGUCCUCAUUUGGUUGACCAGUGGAAGCCGACGAUCACAAGAGAACAAGGAAGAAGGGCAAGAGGGAAGGAUUAGCUUCGUCACGUUUUUUUACGUCCUUCGUGCCAAAUAAAUAUACGAUUUUUUUUUAACGUUAAUCGAGCUCGGGCGAUUGAUAAAUAUCUAAACGUUUUAUUAUCGUUAAUUAUUCUGAUCUCGUCUAUUUACGAGGAUAGGAAGGAAAUUAUAAGAAGCGAUAUCGAGGAGGCUUGUGGGAUAUCACUACGCCGCACGUUGAAGGGAAAAGCAAGAGCGUCCUAGAGAGUAAGAGAAAGACAAGGGGAAAGAGAAGAAGAGGGGAACCUUGUCGGGGUAGUUGAUUCGGUAGUGACUACAUGUGGGUAUCCGCCGGUUACGAUCAGAAAAAAACGUCUCGCGUUAGGACGAUAUCGUAAGGAGUCUCGUGUCGCUAUUGCAUUAUAUAUCUUACAAAGAGCGUCGUACAAAAAUUCCUAGCACCAUGCAGAUGGACCCAACGACUGUUCAAUUGAUACAGGUCCUCGAGAGGACGGUAUCAUCAGACAAAAAUGAAUUGGAAGCAGCAGAGAGUUUUUUGGAACAAGCGGCUCAAUCCAAUUUCCAUGAAUUUGUGCAACGGCUCAGCGGUGUACUGGUUACUGGAACAGCCAGUCCGGUUGCUCGUAUGGCAGCUGGAUUACAAUUGAAAAAUCAACUUACCUCUAAGGAUCAAUCAUUAAAGUAUCAAUACCAACAACGUUGGCUGGUUAUUCCUGCCGACACAAGAGAAUUUAUUAAGAAAAAUAUCUUGGGUGCAUUAGGAACUGAAAAUAAUAGGCCCAGCUCUGCGGCUCAAUGUGUAGCUUAUGUCGCUGUUGCUGAAUUACCAGUUAAUCAAUGGAGCAAUCUAAUUCCUUUAUUAGUUAACAAUGUGGUUAAUCCAAAUAGUACAGAAAUGAUGAAAGAAGCUACUUUAGAAACUAUCGGUUACAUUUGUCAAGAAAUAGAAAGUGAAGUUUUGGUAUCGCAAUCUAAUCAAAUUCUCACAGCAAUUAUUCAUGGCAUGAAAGGUUCCAGUACAUCCAAUCAUGUACGACUUGCAGCUACAAGUGCACUCUAUAAUUCCUUAGAAUUUACCAAAGGAAACUUUGAAAUAGAGUCUGAGAGGAACUUUAUUAUGGAAGUAGUGUGUGAAGCAACACAAUCUACAAAUACACAAGUAAAAGUAGCAGCUUUACAAUGCCUCGUCAAAAUUAUGUCAUUGUAUUAUCAGUAUAUGGAACUUUACAUGGCACCAGCAUUGUUUCCUAUUACUCUGGAAGCUAUGAAAUCAGAUAUUGACGAGGUUGCACUGCAGGGAAUUGAAUUUUGGUCCAAUGUAUCGGACGAAGAAGUUGAUUUAGCUUUGGAAGAAGGAGAUGCUUCUGAAGUUGGUCGACCACCAUUAAAAGUUUCAAGGCACUACGCGAAAGGUGCUUUACAAUAUUUAGUACCGGUACUCAUGAAAAAAUUAACGAAACAAGAAGAAUUCGAUGAUGAGGAUGAUUGGAAUCCUUCGAAAGCCGCCGGUGUUUGCUUAAUGUUACUUUCCACUUGUUGCGAAGAAGCUAUAGUUCCAUUUGUUCUUCCCUUCGUCAAAGAUAAUAUCAAGAGUCACGAUUGGAGAUAUCGAGAUGCAGCAGUAAUGGCAUUUGGUUCCAUUCUUGGUGGAGUAGAGCCUGUUACUUUGAAACCAUUAGUGGAACAAGCAAUGCCUACACUCAUCGAAUUGAUGUACGACAAUAGCGUCGUCGUAAGGGACACCACAGCGUGGACGUUCGGUCGUAUUUGCGAAAUCAUUCCAGAAGCCGCUAUUAACGAAACAUAUUUGAAACCUUUAUUGGAAUCUUUAGUAAACGGACUUAAGACAGAACCUCGUGUAGCUGCGAACGUAUGUUGGGCCUUUACUGGUCUUGCACAAGCUAGUUAUGAAUCUGCUUGCGAGGACGAGCAUCAGCCAGAAACUUACUGUAUGUCUCAAUACUUUGAUUACAUCAUUCAAAGAUUAUUAGAAACUACAGACCGACUAGAUGGAGCUCAAGCAAACUUGAGAUCAGCAGCUUAUGAGGCUCUGAUGGAAAUGGUUAAAAACUCUCCUCGGGAUUGUUACGUUACUGUGCAAAAAACGACAAUGGUAAUUUUGGAUAGGUUGCAACAAGUAUUACAAAUGGAAAACCAUAUACAAAGUCAUACAGAUCGAGCACAGUACAACGAUCUUCAAUCAUUACUCUGUGCUACUUUACAAUCUGUAUUACGUAAAGUAACUCCUGAAGAUGCGCCUCAAAUAUCCGACGUAAUAAUGACGGCUCUAUUAUCGAUGUUUAAUUCGAAUUCUUGCAAAGCUGGGGGCGUACAAGAGGACGCUCUCAUGGCCGUCUCUACGUUGGUCGAAGUAUUGGGAGAGCGUUUCUUAAAAUACAUGGAUGUAUUUAAACCAUACCUAUGUCUUGGCCUGAAAAAUCAUGCAGAGUAUCAAGUUUGUUGCGUUGCUGUAGGCCUUACUGGAGAUAUUUGUCGUGCACUUAAAAGUAAAAUAAUUCCAUAUUGCGAUGAGAUAAUGACCCUUCUAUUGGAGAAUCUAGGAAAUAAUACGGUUCAUCGUUCUGUCAAGCCUCAAAUAUUUUCAGUCUUUGGUGAUAUUGCUCUUAGUAUUGGUCCAGAAUUCAAGAAGUAUCUAGAUGUUGUUUUGCAAACAUUGGUACAGGCCUCGCAGGCGAACGUCGAUAGAUCCGAUUACGACAUGGUCGAUUAUCUUAAUGAAUUACGCGAGGGCGUAUUAGAAGCAUAUACAGGAAUAGUGCAAGGUUUCCGCGGAGAUUCAACAAAUGCAUGUCCUGAAGCCGAAAUUGCAUUGGUCGAACCGCACGUCCCGUACAUCAUUCAAUUUAUCACCUUGAUAGCUCAAGAUGGCGAGCAUUCCGAAGGCAACAUAUCGGCUGCGCUUGGUCUUAUCGGCGACCUCGUCUCCGUUUUUGGAGCAAAAUUAUUGCCGAUGGUGGAAACCGAGCCGCUUAACGAAUUAUUAAUGAAGGGUAGAAAAUCGCGUAACAGCAAAACGAAGACAUUGGCCACUUGGGCCAUUAAGGAGAUUCGAAAGGUUAAGCUUGCUGCUAACAACACUACGUCCAGUUGAUCAGCCCACGGUUGUACUGUUGUGCAAUUUGAUUUGACUAGAACGCUAUCAAACAAUACAAAGACAACAAGAUUGGAUGUUGCGGAUGCGAGUUGAUGGAUGUGCGUGAGUUCCGAAGCGAUGAGGAUGGGGUGAUGAGUCUGCACGUGUCCCUAUCUGGCAAGGGUACCGGCAAGGGUACAGGGUCAAACGCAGCCCAUGUAUGCUCGACAGAGACAAAUACCUGUCUGCCGGAUGCCGACAAUAGAUGAUUAAAUAAUACGAGUGCAAAUGGAUGAUGCCAAAAUGAGUGAGCCAGGGCCGAGGCCUGCUGAGAUGUUCCCGUGAUGCAAGUAUGCCUGAAAAUCGAGUAUGCGGCUUCUAUCCGCGUGAUUGAGAGAACUCCGCGUGAAGUUGAAUCCGAGAGAAAGAAACAAGGGCGACUUCGAUGGACGUAUAUUAGUGGGCAGUGAAAGGAAGAGAGUGCGAGAUGUUGUAUUUGAGAAUAUAUGAUGAAAACCACGAAAGAACUGAGAAUGUACGCGAGAAAUUGAACGAAAGA